AUCACCAUCUACUGCUCAAAGGACAUUUCGCCAUGCAAAGCUCUUAUCGCGUACAACUGUUGAUAGCUACGGCGGCAUCUCUCCGAAGGCUGACCUUCACAUUCGGUGGAAAGCGCUCCCUGACACUGUGCCCGCAUCGCCACUCCUACGACAGCUGCCUUCAUGAUGGAUAGGAGCGUCUCCGUGGCGUGUUACUCGCUGGAAGAGGUGUUCAUCCCUCGCCUAUAAAGCCUCGCGCGGAAUCGCUGACCCUGCAAUGCAUGAACCAACCGCAAUGCCGACGCGUGAAGAUGUUGGUAUGUAUUCUGAGAUAUGGCCCGACGGUAGAAAGCCCCUCAUGAAGCUCGCGGGGCUCGCCGUACAAUCAGUUCUCUACGGAAUCUUCAUCGCUAUGGCCUUUGCGAUGUUGUACUUGCUAUGCCGUCGCCCACAACCGCGGCAGAGUGCGCACGACCGCCCUGUCAACUCAUGGCUUAUAUCUGGCCUGGCGAUCCUCACCGUCACCGCCAUAACCCACUGGAUAGCUAUCGUUGUCAGAGCCUUCGAGGCAUUUGUGUUCUGGCGCGGUGGCCAUAUGGCCUUGGCGUAUUACGCAGGAUCGACAAGGUCUGGCAUGGUCAAGUUCGCUUUCCAUGGCGCGACGAGCGUCAUUGCGGAUAUAUUUGUAAUCGCUCGACUUUAUAUCAUCUGGAACUACCGCAAGUCAGUAGUCAUCGCGCCGCUCUUGUUCCUCCUUGGCUUCGCCACCUCCUGUAUCGGCUGUACAUACGCAUAUGGCGUGUAUGACAAAUCGAAGCCAGAGACGCUCAUAGCGCUGCACCGAUGGAGACUGUCGUUCUCGGUCUGCACCAUCUGUACCACUGUCUACUGCACCACCAUGAUUGUCUGGUAUAUCUGGCGGCUUCGCUAUCAGAACCCGGAGCGUACGGUAAACAGAACCAUAAAGUCAGUCAUCGUCAUCAUCAUCGAGAGCGCCGCACUCUACACCUCAGUCGUGAUCCUAUCCCGUAUCACCUACGAAGUCGGCCACAUAUCGAAACACUUCUUCGUCGACUGCACUCCACCGGUCGCCGCUAUCACCGCUGUACUCGUGCAUGCGCGUGCAGUCUUGCUGAAGGUUCGCCAAGGCGGUUAGAGAGCCGACGAGGGACUUCUCGAGCUCGGUCGCGCUGGGGCGCGAUGCUUCGGAUGGCCGUGUUGUAGGUGCUUCGAUUGUGCUAGAUGCGUCCUAUGUCGAUGUCAUUCGACCACCUCCCACUCCACGAAACCCCCUUGAUAAGCUACUUGACGAGAAUAACUAUGAGAAUAUUUAUGACCAGGAGCCCCUUCCCAACUGAUCGUCGUCUAGUAAGUACUCUGCCGU